AGGAACAGAAGUUUUAGAAGAAAUGGAAGUCCCCUCUGAUGCCGAAGUCGCUAAUAAAGAGGAAGAGGAAGAAGUCCGUAAUUCAGAAGAUGUUGAUGGUGAGGUAGAAGUGACUAAUUCAAAAGAAGGUGAUGGUGAGGCAGAAGUGAGUAAUUCAAUUGAUGCUGAUGAAGAAGAGAGACACCUAGAUGAUGAGAGAGGAGAAAGAGGUAGUGCUGAUGAGGAAGUAGAGAGAAACAUUGAUGCUGAGGGAAGAGAAAGGGGUAGUGAUGAGGAGAAAGAAGAGGGAACCAAUGCUGCUAAUGCAAAGGUCGAAGCCGAUCUCUUGUUUUCAUAUCGAUGGGCCUUUUUGUUAGAACGAGAGAUCCCUUGUUGGACAUGAGCCUGACAAAUCGUUUUCGAGGGUUCGAUUUAAUUAUUGUUUGAGUCCAGUUAACCGAGUGGUGCUAAAUCACACACCAACAAUUGUGAUAUGGUGAUUAUAUAAUAUUCAGUAUUUUCAC